UAAUGAAACGUUCUACUACAGUUCGCAGUGCGGAAUUGGACGCCCAUUACGGCGUAUUAUCGAAAACGGCAAUGUUUCGUUUUUAUUGAAAUAAUUGUAAUAUACAUGACACACGGCGACGUGUAUGUUUAACAUAUUUUUUUAUUUCGUUGUCCGCACUCCGCAGCGCCAUAUUAUAGCUACCGUCAAGGCUGUCCCUUUCUCCCGCUCGUCAUCCGCCGCCGCCGCCGCCGCCACCACCACCACCGCGCGCGCCGUCCGUCUAUAAUAUUAAUAUAAUACGCGACGCGGCGCCGUAUCAUCGACAUCGAUGACACGCGACUUUUAAAAGUUUUUUCUUCUUUAUCAAAUCCAACUGGUGACAAGGAAAAAAAUAAAAAAUAAUAAUAAUAAUAAUAAUAAUAAUACGCGACUCCGUGGUAGGCACGAAACUACGGAACCGUCUGGUGGGGAGACAACAACACACGGUGCAAAACUACCAACUAUACAGUGAUAUUAUACAUUAUUGUUGUUACGGUACACCGUUUACGACAUUCAUUCCGUCUCCCGUCCGAAUCAGUUGUGGUGCGUCACCGCUGCCGCCGCCGCCGCCGCCGCCGUUAAUUAUGUGAUAAUCAAUCGACGACGUAAAACAUUCGAAGAAUUUUCCCAAAGUUAAACACUGUAUACCAGUGUUCCGCUUUUUGCGUAUCACAUACACACACACACACACACACGAUAACGAUAAAUAUAAUAAAAUAUUCGUACUGUGAUUAGAAAGGAAGUAGUCAGUGAGAGUUUAAUAUACGACAUAUAUAUAUAUAUAAAUAUAAUUUAUUAAUUUUUUUUGUAAUUAUUUCAAUAAAAUUUUCGUUAAAAUUUUUUCUUUAAAUAUUUAUAUUUUUAGUUUAUUUAUUUUUCACAACUUUAUCGUUCCUACAUUAAUUCCGUAACUCACUUAAUAAUAAUUACAUAAUAUUAAUACAGUAUUACAUUCACGACGGACUCCGGCGGAGAGACAGCUUGUAGAAAAACCCAAAAUCACUAACAAAUAUAUAAUGGCCAACAGAGCUGUACCGCAGAGACCUAAUGGCCAAACACCAGGAAAAAUAUGUCAGUUCAAGUUGGUUCUUUUAGGUGAAUCAUCAGUUGGAAAAUCUAGUUUAGUGCUUAGAUUUGUAAAAGGCCAGUUUCAUGAAUACCAAGAGAGUACCAUUGGUGCUGCUUUCCUCACGCAAACAAUUCAUUUAAAUGAUGUAGCUGUAAAAUUUGAAAUUUGGGAUACAGCUGGUCAAGAGCGUUACCAUAGUUUAGCACCAAUGUAUUAUAGGGGUGCUCAAGCAGCUAUUGUAGUUUAUGAUAUUACUAAUCAAGAUACCUUUGAAAGAGCUAAAAAUUGGGUGAAGGAACUACAAAGACAAGCAACACCCGGUAUUGUAAUAGCCUUAGCUGGAAACAAGUUAGAUUUAAAUACAAUGAGAAGUGUUCAGACUGAUGAAUCACAAACGUAUGCCUAUGAGAAUGGACUGCUGUUUAUGGAAACAUCAGCAAAAACAAGUGCUAAUGUGACCGAAAUUUUUAAGGCAAUUGCUGAAAAACUUCCUAAGAAUGAAACAACUAAUACAGCAGGACAGGGCCGACGUCUAGUUGAAUCUGAAGGAGCUAAUAAGAGCCUUAGCAGCUGUUGUAAGUGAUACAAUAAAUCAAGUCAGUUUUCGUAUGGAUUAUUGACAUUUAAUCAUCUAAUAAACUAUAUAGCUUUGUAAAAUUAUUAAGCCUCAGAAUUAUAUUUAUCAAUUUGCAUUUAAUAUAUGUAUCAAUAUAUUAUCUAAUAAUAUAUACAAAAUGUUUUGUUUAUUUCCAUUAUGCUUCUAUAAACAUAAUGUGAGUGUAUUGAGCCAACAAAAUGUCAAUAUUGGCAGAUGUUGGCCAUGUUCAUUAAUAGUUAAUACUUUUUUUCAUUCAUUCAUCUUUUUUUAUUAGCAAUAAAAUAUUGUUUAUAUUUAAGGUUUUUUUUUUACUCAAUCAAGUUUUACUAUCAAUUUUGAAAUAAAUAAAAUAUUGUACCAUAGCAAGUCUAAUAGAUUUUGAAUCUAAUUAGUUAUUCUAAACCUAAAAGUAUACAUUUCAAUUAAAUAUUUUCCCAGUUACCUAUUUAUUGAAAAUAAAUUAGUUUAAUGCAAAAACUAUUGUACCUACAGCCUAUCACAGUCAUAGGCUACUGCCGAAGUGAUAAGAAAUUUAAACAUUUUUUUUGUGAUGUUUUUACCUGAACGGCGAUUAGAAUGGUGAAAUCUAUGCAUUGUUAAUACCGAUUACAUUGUUUGGUUACUUCUAAACAUUUAUGAUAAUUGUGAUUAGUAAAUUUUUGAUGGAAUCAGCCCUCAAUAAAAUUUUAUUUAUAGAAUAAUAUAACUUGUAUAUUGUAUUCUGUGUUACUAAAAUUUAAUCACAUUUUAUAUUAUAUAUUAUUUUAACACCAUUAAAAUGUAAACUAUUAAGUCUAUAUAUAUAUACAUACAUAUUUAUGUACUAGCUAUUUGUUUAAUGGUAUCUAAGAAUUCUAUUGUUAUACAUUUUAUCCAAAAAUAUUAGAAUUAUAUUGUAAUCUACUAUGUAUAUUUCUUAAUUUUAGUUGCAGUUUAGUAACUAGGUUUGUGUAAAUGGUGGAAGAAUAUAAAACAAAUAUUGUAUUUGAUCAUUACAAAA